AUGAAAUCUAAGAUAUGGCACGACAAGAAAGGCUUGAAGAAUACUGGUCUGACACUGUCUGAGUUCCUCACUAAGCCGCGCCAUGACGCUUUUAUGGCUGCCCGCAAAAAGUUCGGGAUAAAUCAGUGCUGGACUAGAGAUGGCUGUGUGUAUGUCUUGGAUUCCACCGGCAAUCGUCACAAGGUUUUCACAGUUGGUGAUCUGGACGCCAUUCCUGGAGAAAGUUCUCCUGUCUCCACUCCCACCGAAGUUACAAGACAGGCUGUGACUCCUAAUGAGCCCCGGGCAAGACCCAAGCAAAGCAUUUACAAAGUUCCCGGAGACGAUAGCCGCUUCUACGGAGUCUUCACUACGGCAUCCACUGGUCUUAUGGGUUCUGCUAUCUGCACAUUUACGAUCAAAGAUAUCCAAAAAGCCUUCGAGGGAAAGUUCAAAGAACAGGCCACAUCAAGCUCUGCAUGGUUACCAGUUAUCAGCAGCAAGGUCCCAGAACCAAGACCCGGUACUUGUGUCAACGAUACAUCAUCGUUGCCAGACACAGUGCUCAAUUUUAUUCGGUCUCACCCCCUAAUGGACAGCGCGGUUUCGCAUGAGCAUGAGAAGCCAAUCUAUUACAAGAGAGACCUGUUCUUCACGAGGCUCGUCGUAGACCGUGUGAAGGUGGAUAUGAUGGGGCAUCAACUAGAAUACACUGUUUACUACGCUGGGACAAAUGAAGGGAAAAUUCAUAAAAUCGUUCAGUGGACUCGCAACGGCGACAGCCAGUCAGCUUUACUUGACAUAUUCGACGUAACUCCCGGAGAACCUAUUCAGGCAAUGGCGAUAUCUCGCACUCACGGCUCCCUCUACGCGGCGUCUGACCGUCGCGUGCUACAGCUACGGCUCGCUUUAUGCGCGCGUCGCUACGACGCAUGCGUAAGAUGCGCGCGCGACCCGUAUUGUGGCUGGGAUCGAGACGCGGGCGUAUGCAGAGAAUAUAUACCUGGGUUAAUUCAAGAUGUCGCGAACGAAACAGCGGACAUCUGCGACUCGUCCAUAUCUCGCAAGAGCGUGUCUGCUACUUGGGGACAGAGCUUACACCUGGGCAGCUUUGUGAAGAUGCCCGAGGUUUUACAACCACGAGCUGUGACCUGGUUCCAUUAUUCGCGGGAGAAGGGGCGACAUCUCAUCACCUUUAAUAAACCGGAGAAAUACAUAGAGACAUCUGAACAUGGACUACUUAUAAUUUCUGUCAAUGAAGCUGAUGCCGGCCGCUACGACUGCUGGCUUGGUGGAUCUCUUCUUUGUUCAUACAAUAUUACGGUUGAUACACAUAGAUGCUCACCACCCGAGAAAAGUAAUGAGUACCAAAAGAUCUACUCGAACUGGUGUCACGAGUUUGAGAAAUACAAAACAGCGAUGAAGACGUGGGAAAGGAAACAAGAGCAAUGCGCUCGCCAGAACGAUUCGAAUCAAAACACGCAUCCAAAUGAAAUUGUGUGA